UAGCCCUGACAAUUUUCAUUGCCGAUCAAAGCAAUGAGCUUCCUCCUCCAUGGCUUCGCAUGAUGAACAACCUUCAAUCUGGAGCUUCAACUCGUACAUAAAAAUUUUUUUGUUCCUUUUUUGAUUUUUUUUACUACUAUCCCAUUCCGUAGGAAUUUUCCAAACCCUCGAAUGUCCCGGAUCGUAGUAGCUUGAGUUGAGCACGAAUAUCGACAAUUAAUUGCGGAUUGGAAGUUGAGGUAAACCAUCUUUUUGUUUCAAAGUAUGAGUCCAAAAAUCCUUGCUGUGUGUUACUUUGAUUUCUUGGGCUAUGGCAUGGAUGAUGCGUGGACUCUAACCUGGUGGUGAUGUCCAAGUUUGAAUUCACUUCAGGUAGCCCAGAUAGACCAUUACACUCUAGUGGGCAGCGUGGAGCCCACAUGGCUGCUCCACUGGACAGAUCAGGUAGCUUUCGCGAAAGUGGGGAGAAUCCAAGUUUAUCUACUCUUCCAAAUAUGUCCAGAAGUGCUUCUACUGUAUCACAAGGAGAGGUUUUAAAUUUCUUGCAAUGCUUGCAUUUUGGUCGAAAGUUGGUUGCUGCAGAUGACAAGUCUCAUCGUCAAGCAGACUUCAGUAGACAGUUACAUCUCGCUCUUAGCAUGUCACCGGACAAUUCACCAUCUAGUUCUUCAAAAAGUAAAUUGCCAUCAUCCGUGAUGCCAGAAGAAAUCAAGCGAAUGAAGACUAGUCUACGUGAGUGCUCUAUCAAAGCCAGGGAACGCUUAAAACUUUUCAAUGAAGCCUUAUCUGUGUUUAACAAGUAUUUCCCAAGCGUACCAUCAAAGAAGAGGUCUCGAUUAGAAGGUUAUAAGAAUGAGCGGUCCAAUUUCAUUUUAUCUGGUGAGCGGUCAGCCAGGGGGCAAGUAGGCAAGUUUGGGAAUCAGAGUCAUGCAGUCACUGGUGUUUUUGAACAUGAGUUGCAGAAACCUGAAGAACGAAUAAAAAAUGCUAUGCCGAAUAAACGCCCAAGAACUUCAUUGCCGGAUGCAAGGGGGAUGGAUGUUCGUGGUAAUGCUCCUGUGAGAUCAUCUGGGGCUGUGGAUAGGGAUAGAGAUGCACUAAGGCUUGCAAAUAGUGGUGCUGUUUCAGGUGAAGAUAGGAAUUUAUCAAUUGGCGUUGAUGGUUGGGAGAAGUCGAAAAUGAAGAAAAAGCGAUCUGGAAUAAAGCCAGAUGUUUCCACAAGCAGUCAAUCAACCAAACCAGUAGAUAGCUACGAUGAAGUUAAGCAGCAAUUGCAGCAACGACCUGUUUCUGAUGCUCGAUCACGAAUAAAUAAAGAUAGCCAUGGGUUCAGGCCAGGGAUUGCUAAUGGAGCUUCUGGUGUUGGAAAAUCUGAUGGUGUCGCCCAACAAGCUGGCUUGGGUAUUCGUUCAUCCAUGUCCAGGACUGAUCUGGACGGCAAUUCCCUUGUCAAUGACAGGAGAGAUAAUUCUAUUGGUUCAGACAAAGAAAGGGUGAACCUCCGGGGUGUUAAUAAGUCAAAUGUCCGAGAGGAUUUCGUUUCAACCAGUCCUACAUCAAAUUCUAAAGUGAAUACAUCUGUUCGAGCUCCACGAUCCAGUUCAGGCGCUGCUCCAAAAUUUUCCCCGGUUGUUCAUAGAGCAGUUGCUUCUAAUGAUUGGGAUCUAUCAAAUUGCACAAAUAAGCCGCCUGCUGCUGUUGGUGCGAGCAAUCGCAAACGCAUGACAUCAAUGCGGUCCUCAUCCCCUCCAGUUUCCCAUUGGGCAAGCCAGAGGCCACAGAAGAUCUCCCGUAUUGCAAGAAGGACCAAUCUUCCCAUUGUUUCAAGUAAUGAUGAUACUCCUCCUUUGGAUAGCACAUCUGAUGUUGGGGGUAAUGACACUGGCUUGGGAUUUGGUAGACGCAUGUCUGGUAGUUCUCCUCAGCAAGUGAAAAUUAAAGGUGAACCCUUAUCCUCUGCUGCUCUAUCUGAAAGCGAGGAAUCUGGUGCUGCUGAGAUCAAAUCUAGAGAGAAGACCCGUAAAUCAGAUGAUUUAGAUGAUAAAUCUGAACAGGGUGUUCAAAAGGUAUCUACUUUAGUUCUGUCAAAUAGGAAGAGUAAAUUGGUUGAUGAAGACAUUGGAGAUGGGGUUCGGAGACAAGGGAGGACUGGGCGUGCUUUUACAUCCACUAGGUCUCUCAUGCCAAUGACCGUUGAGAAGGUUGACACUGUAGGAACUGCAAAACAGCUUAGAAGUGCCAGACUUGGAUUUGAUAAAGUUGAAAGCAAGGCGGGUCGUCCACCAACUAGGAAAUUUACUGACCGCAAGGCAUAUAAACGUCAAAAGCAUUCAGCAAUCAAUGUGGCAACAGAUUUUCUUGUUGCAUCAGAUUAUGGGCAUGAAGAGCUAGUGGCUGCUGCUAAUGCUGUCACAAAUCCUGGUCGCACUUUUUUCAGCCCAUUUUGGAGACAGAUGGAGCAAUUCUUUCGUUUUAUAUCUGAAGCAGAUAUUACGCACCUAAGAAAACAAGGAGAUCUUGAAGGUACCGCAUCAGGUCAAAAAGUUGUUUCAGACAAGGACACUUACAAUAUCAGUCACGAUAAUUUUGAUCACAUUGAAAACGAAGCAAGAGGAGAAGUUCCUUUAGAACAUAUAAUUCACGAGUCAAAAGAUCAUACUGUAAUUCCUUUAUACCAGAGACUCUUAGCCUCAUUAAUUCCAGAGGAGGUUGCUGACGACGAAAGUGGAGACACUAUGUUUGAUAGAUACGGAAUGCGUGAGUUAGAUGAAGAUCUCAAACCAAAAAAAUUGAGUCACCAAAUUUCACCUAGUUCUCAGUUUUCUGGGCAUACUGCAAUGGAUGACUAUAACAUGAGAGGAGGAUCAGGGUCAGAUCAAUAUAUGCCUGAAACAGAUAGAGAAGGCAUCUCAAACUCUGCGAUGAUGUUACACUUCUCAAAUUCCCUGAACGGCUUGGUCUCUAGUCAAGCUUUGAUGGCUGGAAUGGCCUGUUCAGAGUUUCAGUAUGAUGACAUGCAGUUGAAUGAUAAACUUCUUUUGGAGAUUCAAAGUAUUGGAAUUUUCCCAGAUUCUGUGCCUGAAAUGUUACAGAUAGAGGAGGAAGAAAUCACCAAUGACAUCCGUAUGUCGGAAAAGAAGAAGAAUGAGCUGGUUUCAAAAAAGAAAUUUUUGCUCCACAAACUGUUACAGUCUGCCUUGGCAACUAAGCAGCUUCAAGAAAAAGAAUUCGAACGGCUUGCCAUGGAUAAACUUGUUGCAAUGGCUUACGAGAAGUAUAUGGCUUGUAAAGUUUCUAGUGUCUCUAGUGGAAAGAGUUCCAGUAACAAAAUGGCGAAGCAGGCUGCCUUGGCAUUUGUUAAAAGAACAUUGAACCGAUGUCAUAAAUUUGAGGAUACAGGAAAGAGCUUCUUCAGCGAACCUACAUUUAGAGAGAUGUAUUCUUCCUCGUCUUUCAAUCCCAAUGGUGAAAGACAAGCAGAUCCUGUGGAAGGUGAAUCGGAGAAAUCAUAUGCCUCCAUUCAAUCCUUGGAAGGCAGGGUCUCAGCUAUGGCAGGUUCACAGCAUAGCCCUUCACACUUUAGUCAGAAUGUGGAAAACCACGAUAUUACCUCUUACAAUGUGCUUGCACCUGCUAAUCACCAAGCUGAGCGAACUACUGGAAGAGAAGAAAUAUGGUCAAACAGGGUAAAAAAGAGAGAACUGUUGCUUGAUGAUGUCGGUAAUGCAGGUGCCCCAUCAGAAAUUGGGAGUUCUAUUUCGAGCAGUGCAAAAGGAAAGAGGAGUGAAAGGGAUAGAGAUGGUAAAGGGCAUAACAGAGAGGUCUCAUCUAGAAAUGGAACUAAAAUUGGUAGGCCAGCAUUAUCCAAUACUAAAGGGGAAAGGAAAUCUAAGACAAAGCCUAAGCAGAAAACUGCCCAAUUAUCAAUUUCUGUUAAUGGCCUUCUUGGCAAGUUGCCAGAGCAACGAAAACCCGCAUUGUCUCCUGUAUUAAAGUCAAGUACUUCAACUGGUGGUUCAAAAGAAAAGGAUCAAUUUGGCUUGGAUGGACUUGAUGCCGAGUCCAUAGAUUUAUCUAAUCUUCAAUUACCAGGAAUGGAUGUAUUAGGUGUUCCUGAUGAUCUUGAUGGCCAGGGUCAAGAUUUGGGUUCAUGGUUAAAUAUUGAUGAUGAUGGUUUACAAGAUCAAGACUUCAUGGGCCUUGAAAUUCCAAUGGAUGACCUCUCAGAUUUAAAUAUGAUGGUUUGAAGUUGCCUUCCUUGUAUAGUCUUCAAGUCUUGUUCAUUAAUACUUUACAAACUAAAGGGAAAUCCUACGUUAAGAGUGACAGGUAGUUGCAUAGUUAUUGGCUACCGAUCCAAAUUAGGUUAUUAGAUUCUUUUGAGGCUCCUCUUCAAGUAAUUUCAAGUAAAUCUUUCAGAUGUUUGGAAUUUUGCUCCUGUAUUUAGUUGGUGACUGACUGUAAAGAUAGUCUUGUUCAAGCUGCAAGUUAGUAUAGUAUCAUAGUGAUAUCUAGGGUACACAGUAUCCUUCAUGUAGCUUUUUGAUCAGAGAAUGAUACCUCUUGUACAUAAGUUUAUAUUUGAAAUAAAUCAGCCUUUUAUUCAUACAAGGGUCUGG